AUGAAGAUCACCGCCCCCCAGUCAUUCAAGCUCUUCUCUAAAAUACACCCUCCCCUCCCUCGAACCCAACGAGAAUCUCAACAGCUCCUCGCCGUUCUUACAUCGUCAUUCCGUCGCCAACUCGACCGCGAGCACCCCCCCGUGCAGUCGGCAGAACCACAAGGUCAUGCCGCGAAUUCCAGCAAACCCAACCGCACUAUCAACGCAGAUCAGCAUUUGAGAUCCAUCCUUGACCACCCGUUGUUCAGUACCGUUCCGCACCGACCGGCAUUAAGGCAGACGCAAAAUGUUCAGUCGGGGUCAUCAACAGAAGACCCUAUCGUGGCAUUGGAUCGUGCCAUAGCCUCUGGAGUUGCCAAUAUUAAUACCCUCCAUGACUGCCUCCGUCGGCAUCGUCUCCAAAUUAACGGUCUCCCACGAGCGGAAAUGCGCGCUAGAAUGAAGAAUUCAAAAAUUGGUCAUAGAAUUGUUUCAUGGUUUUUAUCUGCCGAUGACCAGCUGAAGGCCAAAUUUUUUCGGGAUCAGCUUGCUCUCCGAUCCGCAAUGCCCUAUUUAGUCAAUGGAUCCCAUCGGAACACGUUGGUGAGGUGGUUAGAAGAAAUUCGCCGUCAAACACCAUGCAUCUCUCAAUUAAAGGAAGAGUUCACAAACUCACCCCAGUUUAUUAUCCUCGAAGCAUACGUCUGGGCUGAAUACAACUAUGGUGAUGGCAUUGUCCCCGUUUUACAAUUUUUCUUGGAAGCCUGCCGUACCACAACUCGCGAGAACGCCAAUGGCCUCCCGCCUUACAUGUUACUCAUUGCUUCUCGCCUUGUCUCUUGGAUAUGUUCGGAUUCCGGGGCAAAGGCCAAAAACAUCCCUGUCCAGCUGUUCGAUGAUUUCAGCCAGAUAUUUGAAGAUGCAGGGGCGCCAUCCGCCAGGAUCAGGACAUAUUUUUGGAAAGCGCUUCUAGGCCUUUAUCAUCCUAUCAAUCCAAAUCCCGAUUUUGCAUUAAAACAUGCAGAGUCUUUUUCUCGUAUCCAACCGCACACGAAACGCUUUUCUUCGGGACUCUUGCGGCUGUAUCUUGACGCCGCUCAGCUUUGUAUUCAGCAGGAAAAAUACACCCAAGCAUCAAGACUUAUGUUAAUUGCAAAGGACAUUUUGCCAGAUCGGAGACCUUCCAACUCCAAGGAUAUUCCAUCUGAAAAGGGCAAUCAAGAUGUCCCUUCAACGGUCAACGAUAUACACAGCAGCUUGCUCCCUACCUGA